GAUACAGAGGAGAAACGGACGGUGUGUUUUUUUUUGAUGACAUGGUCAUAAACUCGGCGCUUUCUGUAUGACUGCAUUUCUGGGCGAUUACUUUCGCUCUCAGCUGUAUAUAUUAGCGACUCUGGGACGCAUUGGAAUGUAUAACAGGACAGACACAGCAAAGGACGGAUCUGAGAGUAGCCACUUUUUGACAGGCACACCAACACACUUGCCUUGUUUUUUAAACACAGCCUAGCGAUCGCAAUGAAACCUCAGGACAUUAUCAGAGAAAGAAACCACCUGUGGAUAUUUGGAUAUGGCUCCUUGGUGUGGAAGCCUGACUUUGCAUACAAGAGGAGCAAAGUUGGCUUCAUCAGAGGAUACAAGAGGCGCUUCUGGCAUGGAGAUGAUUUUUAUAGAGGAGACAAGGAAAGGCCAGGCAGAGUGGCCACACUUGUGGAGGAUCAGGAGGCUUGCACGUGGGGAGUGGCCUAUGAAGUGAGUGACUCCCAGAUCGAGGAAUCCCUUCAGUACCUCAACAUGAGGGAGGUUGUGUUGGGGGGUUACACAACAGAGAUGGUGGAGUUCAUCCCUAAGGAGAAGGGUCAGGGUGCCAUGUUGGCCCUCGUCUACAUAGCCACUUCCGAUAACCCCACCUAUCUCGGCCCAGCCUCGGACAAAGAGAUCGCCGCCCAGAUUGCCAUCUGUAGAGGGAACACGGGUCACAAUAUUGAAUACCUGGUCCGCCUGGCAGAGUUCAUGAGGCUGUGUUGUCCCGAGGUAGAGGACGAGCACCUCUUCUCUAUUGAGGCGGCGCUUCUGAACAUUUUCCAUGACCGUGGAGGGAUCAAACCCCUAGACCAAACGUCCCUGCUGGUGGGAGCCUCAUAAGUCUACAUAAGGUGCUCCACUUUAAAAAAAAUGUUAAUGUUUUUUAUUCUGGGUGAAGGGAAAUGAAAUCUUCUAACACAUGUUUGAAGGUAUUCAGUGCUUGAAAGAGGAAUACCUGACUUGGUUUCAAGGAAAACAGUGAUGAAAUUUCAUGUAUCUAACAGUUUAAAGGUCACAGCCUCACAGAAUAAUGAUCUUUUAACCUUCUGACUUGACAUUUUAUGACUGUAAAGGCAGAAAAAAUGUAUUUUAAAUACUGUAUACAAACUCCAGAAGCAGAUGGUGUUGUUAAAACAUCACACAAAGGGAUGACGUCUCUUUUUUAAAUACAUAAUAUCUUAUACCUUUGUUGUAAAAGGCUCUCAGAAGCAACUGUAUAGUGUGCAUAUUUUUAAAAUGUCCUCUAAUAAAACACUGAAAUCUCGUGAA